CCUAAUUUCACGUCGUUGUAAGUGACUCAUCACCUGUCAAGAAAUGGCUCCUCAAGAGGUUAUGUCGUCUCAAUCCUCUGAUAAUAAUAAAGAAGAAUCCACCAAUUUAUGGGCAUCUAUUUUAAAAGAUGUUCAAAAUCAUGGUAACCCAAAGUUGCCUUCUUGUAAGCAAAUUGUUCUUUUGGGGGAUAAUGAAACUGGAAAAACCACUUUGGUGGCUAAAUUACAAGGAGUUGAGGAUCCCAAGAAAGGAUCUGGGCUUGAAUACGCUUAUAUUGAUGUCAGGGAUGAUUAUAGGGAUGAUCACACCAGAUUAAGCGUUUGGGUUCUUGAUGGCGAUCCAGGUCACACAAAUCUUUUAAAAUUCGCUUUAAACGAAGAAACUUACGAACACACCUUGGUAAUUUUAACGGUUACCAUGAUGCAACCAUGGGGGAUUUUAGAACAGCUUCAACAUUGGGGAUCUGUUCUAGCUGAUCAUUUGGAUAAGUUGAAGUUAGAUGUUGAUCUUCGUCAAUCAAGAAGGCACCAUAUUGUAAAGAGAUGGCAGGAAUAUAUUGAACCAGGUGAUGAACUAGAUCCAUCAUCACCCAUGAAGAGGAGCUCCAGGAAUUUAGGUGAUCCUGAUGAUCAUGAUUUAGAGGAUAGUACUCCAUUACCUGAAGGAACUUUAUCGAAUAAUUUAGGGUUGGAUAUUGUUGUAGUGGUAACAAAAACCGACUAUAUGCAAACUUUGGAAAAAGAUCACGAUUACAAAGAUGAACAUUUAGAUUUUAUGCAACAAUGGAUACGAAGAUUUUGUUUGCAAUUUGGGGCCGCUUUGUUUUAUACGAGUGCUAAAGAAGAUAAAAAUUGCGAUUUGUUGUAUAAGUAUUUGACCCAUAAGAUUUAUGGAUUUCCUUUUCGUACGCCAGCUUUGGUUGUAGAAAAAGACGCUGUGUUUAUUCCGUCUGGAUGGGAUAACAUGAAAAAAAUUGCAAUUCUUCACGAAAAUCUUUUUACCUGUCAACCUGACGAUUAUUAUCGUGAAAUAAUUGUACAACCUGCAACUCGUAAAGCUGUCAGUAGAGAAACCGAAAUAUUCGCUGAAGAUGAACAAGCGUUUUUAGCUCGACAACAACAGAUUUUGUUGAGUGGAAAUAACUCGCAGAAUUUAUCAAGGGUUGGGGAGUCCCCGAUGCGUUCAUCUGCUUUAAGUAAAACAGCUGCUAGAUCACCAGCAACAGCUGGAAUACAAGGAUCUCCGAAAAAGUUGGAUAGUACAAAAAUCGUCAGCACACCAGGUGGCGAAGGUGUAUUAGCUAAUUUUUUCAAUUCUUUGUUACACAAGAAAACCGGCACUCCUUCCAUGAAUUCAUCCUUGAAUAGCACAAAGAGUCCAGGUUCCGAAUCGUUAACUGAUAAAGCAGCAAUGCGAUCAGAUGCCGCUGCGGAAUUAGAUAAACUCUCUCGUGGAAAAAAACCAGGCGGUGGAAGUGGAGGAGUCGAUUUCAACGCUUCUGAUUGUUAAACAUUUCUUAAUUCCAACUUGAAACUAAAUAAAAAAUAUUUAAUUAACUAAACUUUGCAAAGAAAAUGUAGUCGCAAUGCUUAAACUUAUUGAUUUAUUGAUGUACUAAUGUGAUGGAAUAAGUUAUUAUUUAUAGAUAAACUGUAAAAUCUUGUAGGAUCAAAACCACUUAAAAGGUUCUAUCUAGGUGAAAAAUGAAGUAUAUUUAAUUAAUUUAAGUUUAUAAUUAUUUCAAUAUUUUAUAUUAUAUUUAAAAACAAUUUGAA